CCCUUCCCGUUGUUUCUCCCCCCAUCCCAGGUGGCAGACUUUGGCCUGAGCAAAGUGUGCCGCGGCAGAGGGAGCGUCAACGGGCGCCGCUUCUCCUCCGCCUGCGGAUCCAGCUUCUUCAUGGCUCCGGAGGUUUGGGAAGGGCACUACACGGCCAAGGCCGACAUCUUCGCCCUCGGCAUCAUCUUCUGGGCCAUGGUGGAGAGGAUCACGUUCCGCGACGGGGACACCGAGAAGGAAUUGCUUGGAACUUACAUCUGCCAAGGCAAGGAGCUGAUCCCGCUGGGAGAAGCUCUGCUGGAGAAUCCCAACCUGAAGCUCCAAAUCCCUCUGAAGAACAAGAAAUCCAUGCCCGAGGAUCUCUGCAAGCUCCUGCAUCACAUGCUGGCUUUCAAUCCCAAGGAAAGGCUGGAUGCUUUCCAACUGGAAGUGCAGAUCCGGCACAUCUCCUACGGCAGGAAGCGCCAGCGUUCCGCCUCCUAGAGCGGCGGGAGGUGAGUCCGAGCUCCCGGCGAUUUUGGGGAAUCCCCUCCAGGCUUUUCCCAGGAGGAAAAGUUUUGAGAAACGUUUGGGGUGGAGCUUGAAGGAAUUUUUGGCGCCUUAAAAGGUGAGGAAAAAAGUUGGAAGUGAGGGGGAGAAUUCCCGUUUGUUUGUAGGCGUUCACACCGAACCGUGGUGUGGGGUCCUCGAAGUUUGUUUGUAUUUAUUGUAAAGAAAUAAAAACCACACAUUUUAUAA